CAGCCCUAUUUCCCACCUCUCUCCAAAUUCCAAAACGACUGACUAUCAACAGGAUAAGCUGCCAUUUGCAUGCAAGCAACCCACGCUCUUCUUCUCGAGGGCUCCUUCGUGUUGCAUGUGAUAAACGCGAUCCCUCCCUCCAGCUCUUGCUUUUUCCUUCCAAAUGAUAGCAACCACUCUGAAUCCCGCCAUUUUUAAGCUCAGACACCCACAAAAUCCCUUCAAACCAACUAAAUUAAGGUACCCAUUCGCCGCGAUCAACAGCAAGGCUGAACAGAGCAAGGAGAGUGGCACUGGCACCAGCAGACGAGGAGGUGCAGUGGAAGAUAACCCAAAAUCUGGAAAUGGAAACGGAAGAAGACCACCCAUCAGAAAGAGCAAGGGGAAAAGGGGCGCCUACGGCACCUCCAGGAAGUCAAUCCUCAAGAAAUCGUUUUCUCAGGAACAGAUUUUUUUUACCUCCCCAAUUACUGACGACCCUGUGGUCGCCAUCAUCGGCGGAGGCAUCUCCGGCAUCGUCUGUGCACUCGCGCUCGAGAAAAGAGGAAUCAGGUCGACCGUCUUUGAUACGGGAAUGCAUGGCUUAGGAGGAAGAUUGGGAACCAGGACGAUUGAUUCACAGCCUUUGGUGUUUGAUCAUGCAGCGCAAUUUUUCACUGCAAGCGACCCUCGUUUUAGAGAAUUGGUCGACGGGUGGUUGGAGAAAAGCCUGGUUCGUGAGUGGAAUGGGCAGAUUGGUGAACUGGAAGCUGGGCGUUUUAUUCCAUAUCCUUCAACGCCUGUCAAAUAUGUUGGAGUCCAUGGAAUGCGCCCUCUUGCCGAUUCAAUUCUUUCUCAGAGCACUGCAGCCAGUGUGGUAAGGCCUUGCUGGAUAAGCACAUUGGAGCCAUACAAUGGGAUGUGGCAUCUAAGUGAGAACGGGAAGCCAAGAGGCCAGUUUGAUGCAAUUGUCAUUGCACAUAAUGGGAAAUGUGCAAACCGCCUGCUCUCUUUGUCUGGGCUGCCUCUUAUUGCAAGACAAAUGAAGAGACUUGAACUGAGUUCAAUUUGGGCUCUUCUUGCGGCAUUUGAAGAACCUUUGUCACUACAGAGCCAUUCAUCCAUUCCAUUUGAAGGAGCAUUUGUUCGAGGAGAUGAUGCACUUUCAUGGAUGGCUAACAACACUAAGAAACUAUUCCCCUUGCAAAGUCAUCGACCUGAAUGCUGGACGUUUUUCAGCAGUGCUGCAUAUGGGAAGCGAAACAAAGUUCCACAGGAAAAUAUUCCAAAUGUUACAGCAGAGAAGGUUAAAAAGGAAAUGCUUCGAGGUGUGGAGAUUUCUCUGGGAUUGCCUACAGGAUCCCUUCCACAACCUAUAUACACUCGUCUUCAACUAUGGGGUGCAGCUCUUCCAACUAACACGCCUGGGCUACCUUGCAUCUUUGACCCACAUGGACGAGCAGGAAUAUGUGGUGAUUGGCUUCUGGGUUCGAGUGUAGAGGCAGCAUCAUUGAGUGGAAUGGCUCUUGCAAAUCAUAUUGCUGAUUUCAUUCGGAGUGGUGGAGCACAGCCGGAGGACUUUGCUGUUGGUCUACUUGAUGAGUUUCACCCUAUCAAGGGGCACGACAUAGGACAGUUUCCUGGGCUAGAUACAAAAGAGGAGGUUUCAGCAGUGCUGACGAUGUAGCCUUUAAAUUCAAGUACUACUGAGAGACACAAAGUUGGCCAAAGAGAAUCAAGAAGCAUACGUCAAGAGAGGAGUCUUUGUCACUGGUGCCUGGAAAGGCACUCCUGGCUCCGGGGUGCUCUUUCUUAUUAGUUUUACCGAAUUAUGGAAUUGAUUAGAGAGGCAACAUUGCUAUACGAUAAAUGGGUUUAAUGUAACAACUUAAAUGAAAAAAAUGCAUGACAAACCUCUACGAGUUAACUGGUCCAUUCCAAGUUUCCAACGAAGUCGGUUUAUUUCCUUCAAAGAGCUUA